AUGAGGAGCACGGAGAACCCUUGGGUGAAGCCACCAGUGAUGGAGCUGGAUCCAGGGGCCAUGAGGAGCAUGGAGAACCCUUGGGUGAAGCCACCAAUGGACCUGGAUCCAGGGGCCAUGAUGACCAAGGAGAACCCUUGGGUGAAGCCACCAAUGGACCUGGAUCCAGGGGCCAUGAGGAGCAUGGAGAACCCUUGGGUGAAGCCACCAGUGAUGGAGCUGGAUCCCAAGGCCAUGAGGAGCAUGGAACCACCAACAGAGCUGGAUCCCAAGACCAUGAGGAGCAUGGAGCCACCAACGCAGCUGGAUCCCGAGGCCAUGAGGACCAAGGAUAACCCUUGGGUGAAGCCACCAGUGAUGGAGCUGGAUCCCAAGGCCAUGAGGAGCAUGGAACCACCAACAGAGCUGGAUCCCAAGACCAUGAGGAGCAUGGAGCCACCAACGCAGCUGGAUCCCGAGGCCAUGAGGACCAAGGAUAACCCUUGGGUGAAGCCACCACCGGAGCUGGAUCCAGGAGCCACCAAGAGCGGGGAGAACCCUUGCGCGAAGCCGCCGGCGCAGCCCAAGGCCCGUCCCUUCCCCUGCUCCGAGUGCGGGAAGAGCUUCGUGCGCUCGACCCACCUGAGGACCCACGAGCGGACGCACUCGGGGCUCAAGCCCUACGCGUGCGGCGCCUGCGGCAAGAGC